AUGGCGUCUCUCAUGCAUUCAGAGCAAAUACCAUCAGAUCAGCCUGGCUACUCUUUCACAAACACCGCCGCAGCGGCACAAGAAGCCUCAGGAUCCAGGCAACAUGCCUUCUAUCCAUACACCGACAAUGGCGGAUCCACGCUAGGCAUCACGGGCGCCGACUUUGCCAUCCUCGCCGGCGACACGCGCUCGACCUCUGGCUACAACAUCAACUCCCGCUUCGUGCCCAAGCUGUUCCGCAUUGGCGAGGACGGGUCCGAAGAGCAGUCCGCGCGAAUCGUGCUGGCGGUGGUGGGCUUCGCCGCCGACGGCAACGCCCUGAAAGAACGCCUCGACGCCAUCGUCAAGAUGUACAAGUACCAGCACGGCAAGCCCAUCAGCGUCAAGGCGUGCGCGCAGCGUCUGUCCACCAUCCUGUACCAGAAGCGAUUCUUCCCCUAUUACGUGCACGCGAUCUUGGGCGGGCUGGACGAGGACGGCAAGGGGGCGUUGUACUCGUACGACCCCGUGGGCAGCUACGAGCGGGAACAGUGCCGGGCGGCGGGCGCGGCUGCGAGUCUGAUCAUGCCGUUCCUGGACAACCAGGUCAACUACAAGAACCAGUAUAUCCCGGCAUCGGGCGUGGGACACGAUCUGAAACAGAGGGCGGUGGAGAGUCUGCCGAAGGACGUGGUCGUGGGAUUGGUCAAGGAUGCGUUCACCAGUGCCACGGAACGGCAUAUCGAGGUGGGUGAUGGGUUGCAGAUGCUGGUCAUCACCAAGGACGGGAUAGAGGAGACGUUCACCCCCCUCAAGAGAGAUUAG